AUGGCUAGUGUUUCUCCUACCGGUGACCAUGUUCGCAUCGUCGAAGUCGGACCUCGCGAUGGGUUGCAAAACAUCACGACGCCCGUCCCCACUGCAACCAAGAUCUCCCUCAUACAACGCCUCCACUCAGCUGGCUUACGCGCAAUCGAAGUCACAUCCGCCGUUUCGUCCAAAGCGGUUCCGCAAUUGGCUGAUAAUCAGAAAGUGUUGUCGCACGGCGUCGUCAAGGAUCUGAUCAGCCAGGACAAUCUGAGGCUGCCGGUUUUGGUGCCGAAUAGGAAGGGAUUGGAAUUAGCCAUGAAGCUGGGGGUCAAGGAGGUCGCAGUCUUCGUAGGUGCGACCGAGGGAUUCAGUAAGGCGAAUACAAAUUGUACUGUUGAAGAGGGGCUGGCACGGGCGAAAGUAGUGGCUGGUAUUGCAAAGGGGAAGGGAAUGCAGGUCAGAGGAUACAUAUCUUGCAUCUUUCAUGAUCCGUACGACGGUCCAACUGCGGAGGCAGCAGUUCUCCACGGCGUGCGGGGACUGCUAGCAAUGGGAUGUUACGAAGUCAGCUUGGGAGACACAGUCGGUAUCGGCGCUGCAGCAGAUGUGCAACGCUUGCUGAAAUACUUGUUCCACCAUGGUAUCCCAGCGGAAAAGCUUGCAGGGCAUUUUCAUGACACCUAUGGGCAAGCAGUGUCGAACGUCUGGACGGCGUUUGAACUCGGGCUGCGUACAUUCGACAGUAGUGUGGCCGGUCUUGGUGGUUGUCCGUUUGCUCCAGGCGCUAAAGGGAACGUUGCUUCCGAAGAUCUCGUGUAUCUCUUCGAACGAGCUGGAGUUCAAACAGGUGUCAGUCUGCUGGAUCUGGUGCGGACUGGUUCCUGGAUAUCAGAACAACUUAAAAGAGAAAAUGGGAGUCGUGUCGGGGCAGCUCUGGCUCGCAAACACGGAUUCACUACCCCUCGUGCGCCACCUGCGGAACGACAACACGAAGGAGGCAAAAUGGUAUGGUUUCCGACAUCAGACCGAUUCGAAGGUUUACAGAUCCUCCGUUCGGGUCCCAAUGUUAAGAUCGUUCUCAAUCGCUCAAAGAAUGGCAACACGCUAACGGCAUCAAUCAUCACCAACCUCACUGGGUUCUUCGCGCGUGUAGCGACGGAUGACACAAUAACGCGCAUCGUGCUCACCGCUAACGGAAAGUUCUUUUGUACCGGCAUGGAUCUCGGCAAUGAUAGUUCUGUCGCACGCAGCACUUCAGCCAGCACCGAACAAUUCCAACGAUUGACACGACUUUUCGAGGCCAUAGAUACCGCCCCACAGGUUACUAUCGCAGCAAUCAACGGCCCGGCAUUUGGUGGUGGUGUGGGGUUGGCAUUUGCCUGUGAUAUCCGUAUUGGGGUGGCGAACAGCACGUUCACGCUGAGCGAGGUCAAACUUGGGCUCUGUGCUGCCACGAUAUCGAAAUAUGUGCUUCGAGAAUGGGGUCCGUCAUUCGGCAGGGAGGCCAUGCUCACCGCGCGCCCUAUCAAGCUCGCAGAGUUGUUAUCCUUGGGUAUCGUGUCAAAGGUAGUCGAGAGCCCAGACAUGCUAGACAGUGCCGCGGAUGAGUUGUUGCAGGGAUUGAAGCACGCUGCCCCACGGGCAUCGACAUUGAGCAAGAAACUGGUUAUAGCGAGUCAGAACAAAGAAGGUGAACAGAGUCAAACAGAGUGCAUUGAAGAAGCUUUUGGGGAGAUGAUGGCGCCUGGGGGAGAGUCGGAGUUUGGGUUGAAGGAGUUUCAGGCGGGACGGAGGGCAACUGACUGGGAUGUCUAUGUGAUGGCAAAGGGAAAGGCGAAGCUUUAG